AAAAGCGCAAUCUUUGUUGACAAACAAGAGAAGUGGUGAAGUGGUGGCGCAGCCACAGCCAAGAAACGGGGAAGACAAGAAGAGGGCAUGGAUCGCAUCAUAGUCUUUUACUUCCCAAGCUGAAAAAAAAAAAAAAACUGCUAGCCCUAAAAAAAACUUUCCUUUCCAAAGUGAAUGGGCAGCAGGUGGAGAGCUACUGCUUCUCUUCUCCUUAACCACAUAACCACAAAAGCUUUUAAAUUUCUUUCACCUAAUCUUCCCAGACCUAUUUAUCACUCACACCCUUUAACCCAAACUGUUUGUGGCUUCAAAUUCAGGUCAUUUUCUGCAAUCCCUUCUCGGGUUUCGGUUUACAGUAAUGAAAUUGAAUCUGGGUCUCAUGAUUUGGCUAUUAAUUAUGAUCUGGGACCUAAAGAAGAUGAAGAAUCUGGAAAGAUCCCUGUUAAAGCAUACUUCCUUUGUACCAGUAUUAAUUUGAAGAGCAUGCAAGCAGAGAAUUUAAGCUAUGUUGUUCCUCCAACCUCUCGCUCAACGAAUUAUGUUGUCCUCAAAUUUUUCGAUUUCUCUUCAGAUAUUAGUGCACUUGGAAUAAGAGAGUAUAUCAGCUGCCGCUACAUGGUUGUAUUCCAAUAUGGAUCUGCUGUUCUAUUUAAUAUUGAGGAUCCUGACGUUGAAAGGUACCUGGAAAUGGUAAGGAGGCAUACUUCUGGAUUGCUCUCCGAGAUGAGGAAAGAUGAUUAUGCCAUAAAAGAGAAACCACUUCUGGAUGAGGAUAUGCAGGGAGGCCUCGAUUACAUUGUCCUCAAAACUUUAGACACUGAUAGUAUUCGCAUUAUUGGAAGUGUGCUUGGGCAAAGUAUUGCUUUGGACUAUUUUGUUUCACAGGUUGAUGGAAUGGUUGAAGAGUUUGCUGGCAUAAAUCGUGCAAUGGAAAAAACUGGUACUUUCUCAAUGGAUAGGAAAAAGCUCCUUCAACUUGUUGGGAAGGCUAAUUCAAAUUUAGCUGAUGUGAUUCUUAAAGUUGGUCUUUUUGAGAGAUCUGAAAUUGCUUGGAGGGAUGCAAAAUAUGCUCAAAUAUAUGAGUACCUCAGGGAGGAGUAUGAAGUUACUCAACGCUUUGGAAAUUUGGAUUUCAAAUUAAAAUUUGUAGAGCACAACAUUCAUUUCCUUCAAGAAGUUAUCCAAAACAGACGAUCUGAUCUUUUGGAAUGGUGCAUUAUAUUCCUGCUGAGCAUAGAGAAUAUUAUAUCAAUAUAUGAGAUAGUUCAAGGAUGAAGUGCAGAAACAUCACUGAUUUGAUAGACACUAGGCAUACGAGAAAAGUUGGGAUCACCAGAUGGAGUGACAAGUUAACAAUUUAAUCUUUUAUAGAGAAGAUCAAUUCUUCAAUAUUUUUCUGUGAUACAUGAUAUUAUUUUUGCAGUAUAGCGUGACAAUUCCUGGUGUCCAUUUUGUACGAUCACUUUUACCAAUAGAAAAUUCCGAAGCCAAAGGCAACCUUUUCAA